AUGGUCCAGGAGUCUGUUCGUGAUAAGGAGAACAAUCUAGAGGCUGCUGUAGGGGAGCGUGACCUUGUCACCGCUGUGGGUGAAAGAAAACACGGUUCUCCAACUGGUGACAUUGAAUCUGUACUGGAUCUGCCUGGGGAACAGUCUGGCGAUGGGAAGGAAACCUGUGUAGAUUUACAUCGUCCAUACUACAUCACUUACGUUCUAUCACGAAACAGCUCUGAAAUAGCACAGUCUCAUGAAAAUAACAUUUCAGUUUUCAGUCAAGCAGGAAACCUAAGGCAACCAGCUUGCCAGUACAAAAUGGUUUAUGCACUUUGUAAGUUUAUGCAACCAGGAACAAGAACAGAAAUUCUCCCCCUUGUGAUUGCUAAUGGCCGAGAUGUCUUCUACCUGAGCUCCAGGCUGCAGAGUUACAGCCAGCGGCUGAGGAAAUUGCAGUGCAAUGGCCGCAAUGACUGUGACGAUUGGAGUGACGAGGCUCAUUGCGACUGCAGCGAGGGCUCGUUUCGGUGCCGCUCGGGCCGGUGCCUCAGUGACCGCCUGGUGUGCGAUGGGUACGACGACUGCGGGGACCUCAGCGAGGAGCAGGACUGCGGUAAGGAGGCUCCGGGCUGUGGCCCGCGGGCACGGGCGCUGCGGACCCAGCGACGUGACCAGCAGGAAACAGAAUGUGACAAUGGGAGCAAACUUAGGGUUCCGGGCAAGCUGAGCAGAGUCACCACACCCUCUGAGAAGCAGACCCAUCUGCACCCUCAGUGGUGUGGGCUGCAGGCCUUGGUGGAAGACUGCAACCUCACCAAGGAGCAUCGCUGUGGGGAUGGGCGCUGCAUCCCGGCCGAGUGGGUGUGUGAUGGUGACCAUGACUGUGUGGACAAGUCUGAUGAGGUCAACUGCUCUUGUCUCAGCCAGGGCCUGGUGGAGUGCCAAGGUGGACAGUGCAUCCCCAGCGCCUUCCAGUGUGAUGGAGAUGAGGACUGCCAGGAUGGGAGUGACGAGGAGAGCUGCAGCGACAGUCAGUGUGAACCAAUUACCCUGGAACUUUGCAUGAACCUGCCUUACAACCACACAAGCUAUCCGAAUUACCUUGACCACCAGACCCAGAAGGAGGCAUCCGUCAGCUGGGAGUCUUCCCUUUUCCCUGCUCUUGUGCAAACCAACUGCUACAAAUACCUCAUGUUCUUUGCUUGCACGGUCCUGGUUCCGAAGUGUGACAUGAAUACGGGCCAGCGUAUCCCCCCUUGCAGAGCCCUGUGUGAGCACUCCAAAGAGCGCUGUGAGUCUGUUCUGGGCAUUGUGGGCCUGCAGUGGCCUGAAGACACAGAUUGCAAUCAAUUUCCAGAGGAAAAUUCCGACAAUCAAACCUGCCUGAUGCCCAGUGAAGACGUGGAAGAAUGCUCACCUAGCCAUUUCAAGUGCCACUCGGGGCGGUGCGUUCUGGCUUCCAGAAGAUGUGACGGCCAGGCUGACUGUGAUGACGACAGUGAUGAAGAAAACUGCGGUUGCAAAGAGAGGGAUCUUUGGGAAUGCCCAUCCAGUAAACAGUGUUUGAAGCACACGGUGGUCUGUGAUGGUUUUCCAGACUGUCCUGAUGGCCUGGAUGAGAAAAACUGCUCAUUUUGCCAAGAGGAUGAACUGGAAUGUGCCAACCAUGGGUGUGUGCUACGUGACCUGUGGUGCGACGGAAGAGUCGAUUGCUCAGACAGUUCGGAUGAAUGGGACUGUGUGACCCUCUCUAAGAAUGUGACCUCCUCUUCAUUCCUGACCGUUCACAGAGCUGCGGCUGAAUACCACGUGUGUGCUGAUGGCUGGCAGGACACAUUGAGUCGGCUGGCCUGCAGGCAAAUGGGUUUAGGACAACCAUCUGUGAUGGAGUCGAUACAAGCACAGAAAGGCCAGCAGCUGCUGAGGUUGCACCCGGACUGGAAGAAUCUCAAUGAGACCACCUUGCAGGAGCUGCUGGUACGCGGGCAGUCUUGUCAGAGCAGAAGUAAGAUUUCUCUUCUGUGUACUACACCAGACUGUGGGCGUCGCCCUGCUGCCCGGAUGAGCAAGAGGAUCCUCGGGGGUCGGACGAGCCGUCCGGGAAGGUGGCCGUGGCAGUGCUCCCUGCAGAGUGGACCCAGUGGGCACAUCUGUGGCUGUGUCCUCAUUGCCAAGAAGUGGGCGCUGACGGUGGCCCACUGCUUUGAAGGGAGAGAGAAUGCUGCUGCUUGGAAAGUAGUAUUUGGCAUCAACAACCUGGACCACGCAACCGUGUUCACACAGACGCGCUUUGUGAAGAAGAUCAUCGUGCACCCUCGCUACAGCCGGGCCGUGGUGGACUAUGACAUCAGCAUCGUGGAGCUGAGCGAGGACAUCAAUGAGACCAGCUACGUGCGGCCAGUCUGCUUACCCGGCCGGGGGCAGUAUCUAGAACCAGACACGUACUGCUACAUCACAGGCUGGGGUCACAUGGGCAACAAAAUGCCUUUUAAGCUGCAGGAGGGAGAGGUCCGCAUCAUUUCUCUGGAGCAGUGCCAGUCCUACUUCGACAUGAAGACCAUCACCACACGGAUGAUCUGUGCUGGAUAUGAGGCGGGCACAGUCGACUCAUGCAUGGGAGACAGCGGCGGGCCCCUUGUCUGCGAGAGACCUGGAGGACAGUGGACAUUAUUUGGCUUAACUUCAUGGGGCUCUGUCUGCUUUUCCAAAGUCCUGGGGCCUGGAGUGUACAGCAAUGUUUCCUACUUCGUCCAGUGGAUUGAAAGGCAAAUGUACAUCCAGACCUUUCUCCAGAAGUAACUCCAAGGAUGAUGAGAGACUUGACUGUGCCUCUAGUCAGUGAAGAGCGCCCCAGGGACAGCUGCACAGACUUACUUCUCACGGACAGGGGUGCCCAAGUUGCAUUGUCAAUGUCUUGUGUUAGACCAGCCUUUCUGUUUCACUCUUAUUUCUCUUUAAUUUCACACCAGGCUUCAAGAAACCACAGCCAAGUAGGUUUGGCCCUUUUGCUAGGCUCUCCUUGAAUGCAGCAUGACAUGAUCAGGUCCUUUGUAGAGGAGCACACUGUUUCAGCCCCUGGGGCAACUGGUUACAGGAAAGAGCCCUUUCAUUCUGUCACCAAAGAAGACAUUGAGAUCCACACCGCCUAACACCCCCUGUGCUUUCCGCUCGGGAACGGCAGGCUAGAGGCCACAUUUCAAUAUUAACCUUGGAGACUGGCUUUUCCCUUUAGAGAAGGCCCAGACAGCUCCCAUCCCUGAAUCAUUUACCAUUACUCUUCCAUACACUUCAGAGAACUCACAGGCAGGUGACAGACCAACAGCAUCAAUAAUGCAAAGACCUCCAGAUGUCAAGGCUCCGCCUUGGCCCUGUAUUCAUUUCUGUCCACUGUGUAUUGAAAUCAAGCUUAUAAUUCUAUAGAAAAGUCUCACAAGACUUACCCCAAGUGCUGGGGCUCUUCCAGUUUGCGACUGUUGGAUGAUUAAGAGUUCAGUACCCAGGUCAAUCCACU